AUGCGUGCCCCAUCUCCGCUCCUCCGGGGCUUGUGCUCCAGAGCAACCGCCCUUUCGUAUCCUCGACGACUCCCGGCACAAAGACACCUAGUUUUAACAUACUCUCGCAUCUCAUCACGAUCUGUGGCCAGCUAUACACAUCCGCAUCAUGCCAGCGCCAUCUCCGUGCUCCCCACUGCGGUGGACACCACCUCCGAUGAAUUCCAGGAGAACGCACAACAGAUGAGAGAAUUGGUGGGCCGAAUGGCCAGUCUACACAAGACCAUUGCACAGGGAGGACCGCAAAAAGCUAAGGAGAAGCACGUCGCUCGAGGAAAGAUGCUCCCGCGCGAUCGUGUCACUGCGCUCAUUGAUCCUGGGACGUCCUUUCUGGAGCUUUCACCCCUAGCUGGCCAUGACGUCUAUCCUGGGGAGGACGUACCCGCUGGAGGCAUUAUUACAGGGAUUGGCCAAGUGGAGGGCGUCACCUGUAUGAUUGUGGCUAAUGACAGCACUGUCAAGGGAGGAACAUACUACCCCAUUACCGUGAAGAAGCACCUCCGCGCGCAAGCAAUUGCCCAGGAGAACAAGCUUCCAUGUCUCUACCUUGUCGAUUCGGGCGGUGCCAAUCUCCCGCACCAGGCAGAUGUCUUCCCCGACAAGGAGCAUUUCGGACGGAUCUUCUUCAACCAGGCCAGAAUGAGCUCUCUUGGGAUCCCUCAGAUCUCCGUGGUCAUGGGGCCCUGCACAGCUGGAGGUGCCUAUGUCCCUGCCAUGAGCGAUGAGACUAUCAUUGUCGAGAACCAGGGAACAAUCUUCCUGGCUGGUCCUCCUCUGGUCAAGGCAGCGACGGGUGAAGUCGUCUCCGCGGAAGAUCUGGGUGGUGGCCAGCUACACAGCACCAUCUCCGGUGUCACGGAUUACUUGGCCGUGGACGAUGCCCACGCCAUUAUCCUCGCCCGGAGAUCUGUCGCCAAUCUCAACUACCCUAAAACAAGCGUACCUCAGGUCUCCGCAGAUACCAUCAAGGAGCCGCUGUAUGACCCGGCCGAGCUCGACGGCAUCGUCGGAACCAAUCUCCGCCGGCAGAUACCAGCCCACGAAGUCAUUGCCCGUAUCGUCGAUGGCAGCGAGUUUGCGGAGUUCAAGCGUGACUACGGAACCACCCUUGUGACUGGAUUUGCUCGUAUCUACGGCCACCAGGUCGGUAUCGUCGCGAACAACGGCAUUCUAUUUUCCGAGUCUUCUCUGAAAGGAGCGCACUUCAUUGAAUUGUGCGCUCAGCGCAAGAUUCCCUUGCUAUUCCUUCAGAACAUCUCCGGCUUCAUGGUCGGAGCAGAUGCAGAGAAGGGCGGGAUCGCCAAAAACGGUGCCAAACUGGUGACUGCAGUGGCUUGCGCGGACGUCCCCAAGUUUACAGUUGUGUUUGGAUCCAGCGCCGGAGCAGGAAAUUAUGGGAUGUGCGGCCGCGCCUACUCCCCACGACUAAUGUUCAUGUGGCCCAACGCGAAGAUAGGUGUUAUGGGGUCCGAACAGCUAUCUGCUGUCAUGGAGGCAGUCGGUAGAACCGCCGAUCCGGAACUGAAAGCACGGAUCGACCGUGAGUCGGAAGCAAUCUUUUCUUCCGCUCGUCUCUGGGACGAUGGCGUCAUCCCGCCAGCACAGACGAGACAUGUUUUGGGCCUGAGUCUUGCGGCUGCUCUUGGUGGCAGAGUAGAUAAGGAUGUGCAGACUCGUUUUGGCGUCUUCAGGAUGUAA